ACUGGCUCAUUCUAAAAUAGCCUUGUGCUUUUUCAAACUCAAGGUCGACAGUUUUAAUUUUUCAGAACCUUCUUUCGUAUAUUGAAAUCUUCCACGGCAUGAAUUUUGAGUAUACAAAUGGAGACCUUAUAUUACGGUCAACUAAUACCUCUUCAAAGUUCGAUAAAACUUUGAACUCCUUAUGGACUCUCGCUUAUGAAUCCAAUUACUUUCAUUACAAAAUUGAUACAUCAUUGAGUUCAGUAAAGAAAAUUUGUUCUGGAAAUGUAAAUAUUUUGAUUUUACCUAACAAUAAUCGAUUCAGCCAUCGGCGUAAACCACAACUAUUUAGAACCAUUAAUGAUCCACUUUCGUUCGAAUCCUUCAAUUUUAACAAAGUCCCAAAACAUGAAUUCUUGUUAAAUGUUUCUGAAAAGUAUACCACAAAAUCAUGUUCUAUACUGAUAAAUGUCAGUCCAUUUUCAUAUUUACAUUCUCUCUUGGUUCCGGAAGUAGAAAAAUGCCACAAUCAGUUCCUUGGAAAAGACUCCUUUUACUCAGUAAUCAAGUGUUUUCUUUUGAGUAACAACAGAUAUUUGUGUAUGGGCUUCAAUAGUCUGUUGGCUCAUGCCUCUGUAAACCACUUACAUCUCCACUUAUGGCAAUCACCAGAAUACUUACGAGCUAUGUCCACAGAUAUUAAAUUGAAAUAUGAAAAUUCACUUUACUAUGAACUGGUUAAUCAUCCCGUAGAUAAUUUUGUUCUUGAAUUAACCGAUUUAACAGAACUGGAUCGGUUUGUAAACUAUUUAUGGAUAGUAAUCUCAUCUUGUCAACAUCUACAAAUUGCUCACAAUGUAUUUGUAGCACGUUCCAAAUCCACUGGCUGUGUACGUGUUGUUGUCUGGCCGCGUUGCUCAGUUUUUGAAGUAAAGAACCUAUCUACAAUUGAUUCAGAACCCAGUUUUUAUGUCGCUGUUGCCGAACUCGCCGGAAUGAUGGUUGUUGCUAGUGAAGAUGUUGCCUGUACGUUGAACUUUGAUAAAGUAGAAACCAUCUUGCGUAGCGAACGUCUACCCAGGGGCACCAUCCACGCCCUCGAAUGCAAAGUAUUUGAAACUGUAAGUAUCCAAGAAGCGUAACUAAGAUCAGAUUAACUUAUUUUGAAAAGUAUCCACAAACAUGCACCUCACACUUUUACUAUUCUGAAUCCAUUUACUGUCCAAAUUUUGUUAUACAAUGUAACCUUAAGGUUCGCUAACUAAACCGGGAAUUUGUUACUAUGAGAUUAUGCUUAUUUUACCUGCCUUUACUUUCAUUACAUCCCCACUUUUGAAUAAUCAAGAUGGCUUCUCUCUCAACAAAUUGUACUCAUUAGUUGAACCUCUUAUGACAGCUCCAUGCCAUGCUAAUCACCAUUUUUAAGUAAAUACAUUACUAGCAUGAACAUACUUUACACAGAUUCCGUUCAUAUGGAGAGUGGUGUUUCCUAAUUAAACACUGUUCGUACAGA